AUGACGCUCAUAAUGCAUUUAAUGGCAUUUAUUGUGAGACCCACACCCGCCUCCUCCGCCUCUCCCUCCUCCCUUCCCCUCCCCUCCCUCUCCCUCUUCCUCCUCAUGCACCGCUCCGGGCCCCACCCCGAUCGCUACACCCUCCCUCUGGCCCUCAAAGCCUCCUCCCACCUCUACUCCCCCUCCCUCGCCUCCCAACUCCAUUGCCUCUCCGUCAAGCACGGGCUUGAUCGAAGCGAGUACACGGAGAGCGGGGUUAUUAGCUCGUACGCCAAGUUGGGGUUGUUUGAGAGUGCGCGCAGGGUGUUUGAUGAAAAUGCUGAGAGAAAAGUUGGGUCUUGGAAUGCGAUGAUUAAUGGGUAUUCGAACGGUGGGGAGGGGGUUGAGGUUGUGAGAUUGUUUGUGGAGAUGAGGAGGAGAGGGGUUGUGGAGGACGAGAUGACGAUGAUUGGGGUUGUGUCGGCUUGUGGAGGGUUGGGAGAUUUUAGGCUGGCUCAGCAGGUUCACAAGUGUGCGAUUCAGGUGAAGAGUUCAGAUAGACUUGACAUCACAGUCUCUAACUCACUAAUCGACAUGUACUGCAAAUGCGGACGCACAGACCUAGCACACCGAGUAUUUUCUAGGGUUUCACAGCGCAACGUCUCAACAUGGACAUCAAUAGUCACUGGUUUCGCUACAUACGGCCAAGAAAAACUCGCAUUAGACUUCUUCAACAAAAUGAUUGAGGAAAAAAUACACCCUAACCAUGUAACAAUGGUGGCUGUUUUAAAUGCUUGCACACAUGGUGGCUUAAUCAAAGAAGGAAUCCAUUUCUUGGAGAAUAUGAAAGAGCUCUAUAAUAUUGAACCAAAUGCAUUGCAUUAUGGAUGUGUUGUUGAUAUGUUGGGUAGGGUUGGGAGGUUGAAGGAGGCGAGAAAGGUAGUAGAGAGAAUGCCAAUGGGGGCGAACGUUGUAAUUUGGGGGACACUGCUUGGGGCGAGUGAGAAGUAUGGAGAUGUGAAGGUUGGAGAGUGGGCGGCGAAGAAUUUGAUGGAGUUAGAACCUUGGAAUGAUGGGGUUUAUGUUGUUUUGUCGAAUAUUUAUGCAAAGGUUGGGAUGUGGGAGAAGGUGGAGAGGUUGCGGAAGGAGAUGAGGGCGAGGAGAGUGGAGAAGGUGCCCGGUUAUAGCUUGGCGACAAGGGAUUUGUGACAAUGUAUGAUGGUUUUGUUCAUUAGAGUUAAUUUGCAGAUAACUCCCCUCAUCUCUAUCUUCAAUAACUUUCAUUGUCCGUCGACUCGUUUAUGAGCUCUAAUAAUGGGUGGUUCCACAUUUUAACAGGGAUAAGUUGCAGAUAACCGCUCUCCGUCAACAAGAUUUGAUGAUGAUAAGUGUUACUAACGAGGUGAGGGGUGAUAAAUUCUAAUAAAGGUAUAGACGAGGGGCUUAUCUAUGAAUUAUUCUUUAUUCAUUUUUAAUUUUGAGCAGUGUAUUAUUGAGAAUACGAGUGAUGAAGGUAAGCAGCAAACAAGCUGCAGUUGUUCCUGUAAUCAGAGGUGGAAUUUAAGGAGUAGAUUAUUUGUACA